AUGAUUUCUCUUGGCAUGGGAAUAUCGGCUACGUUUUCCAUGUGGUCCAAGAUGGAAACUGCACUUACAUCGGUUGGCCGAAUCAAGACGUUUGAGGAGGACAGCCCACAAGAGCCCGUUGUUGAAACUGAAGUAGCUGCCGAUUGGCCUGCCCAGGGCCGAAUCGAGUUUCACAAUGUGUCUGCCAAAUACGACCCCAAUGGCGACGAAUCCACCGUUGUACUUCACAAUGUCAAUCUCACUAUUGAGGCUGGUAAGAAGGUAGGAAUUGUUGGCCGCACAGGAAGUGGUAAAACGGCACUGAUGAUGUUGCUUGCCAAAAUGGUGUCGUGUACCGGUGAAAUCACCAUCGAUGGCGUCAACCUCAACUCGGUUGACAACGAGCUCCUACGGGCCCGAAUCACAGCUAUCCCCCAAGACUCAAUCGAGAUUCCAGGCACGUUGCGCUUCAACAUCUGUCCUUUUGAGUACCGCGCCAAAGUGGAAGACUCGCUCAUGAUUUCGAUUCUCACGCGUAUGGGCAUAUGGGAGUAUCUUUCUGAACGUGGUGGCCUCGAUGCUGAAAUCAAGGGUUUGAAGCUUUCUCCUGGUCAACGACAGAUGGUUUGCAUCACCCGCGGCAUAGUGCAUCAUCUACAGACCCGGUCCAAGGUUGUUUUGAUGGAUGAGAUUUCCAGCCAGCUAGACUAUGAAACAGAUAAGACUGUGCAGGAGGUGCUCGAGGCGGAAUUUAAGGACUGUACAAUGUUGACUAUUGCGCAUCGCACAGAGACGCUCAAGGAUGUCGACAUGUUGAUUGAGAUGGCAGAGGGUAUUGCUACAACGUCAAUACCCAGCAAGACUGUUGUUACUGGGGAGCCAUCAUCAUCAGCUACUGCCAGCGAAUAG